CAUUCUGUUAACUGGUGAAAAGGAGGUCAUUGUCCUGGCUGCAGUUCUUUGUGUCAGACUACUUAUUCAUUGACAGGAGAAAUGGCGUGUAUUGGGAGACUCGAUGACAAAGUUGCGCUUGUGACAGGUGCCAGUUCAGGUAUUGGAGCUGGCACAGCCAUAUUGUUUUCUCAGCUGGGAGCCCGUGUCAUCAUCACGGGGAGAAAUGAGGAAAACCUGAAGAAGACAGCAGAGCAGUGCAGCCAGGACUCCAAGUAUAAGCCCGUCCUCCUGAUUGGUGACCUGACUAAGGAAGAGGACACACAGCGUAUCGUGGACGAAGCCAUCGCAGCUGCAGGCAGACUGGACAUAUUGGUCAACAAUGCUGGGAUAUAUUAUCCUAGCUCUAUUGAAACAUCAAGUUUAGAACGGUUCGACAAGAUAAUCAACACCAAUGUCAGGUCUGUCUACCAUAUAACAAUGCUGUGUGUGCCGCACCUACUGAAGACAAAGGGCAACAUUGUCAACGUCUCCAGUGUGGCAGGACAACGUGCGUUACCUAAUAACUUGAUCUACUGCAUGUCAAAGGGUGCCCUUGAUCAGCUGACCAGGUGUGUAGCCCUUGAUUUGGCCCCCAAACAAGUCAGGGUUAAUUCGGUAAAUCCUGGGCUGAUUGACACUAAUAUCCUCAGACGAGCUGGAAUGAGUGAAGAGGAGUCUGCCAAGAGCAUGGAGCAAGGCAAGGAAUUACAUGCCCUGGGUCGUGUAGGAGAGGUCAGUGAAGUUGCCAGCACCAUCGCCUUCCUGGCGUCCGACAACGCGUCAUUCAUAACGGGCAACACGGUGGCCGUUGAUGGUUGUUUUCGAUAAAUGCCUCGCAGUCAA